AUGUUUACAUUUCUUAUUUUUCUCCCAUUUGUUGCUACAUUCGAUUAUUCAAUAAAAAUUGAAGAAAAAUCUUCUAUUAAUGAAACAAUUUAUCAAUUUUCACGUUCAUAUGAAUUAUUAAAUAAUUUUCAAUCAAGUUUUAAUUUAAUAAAUAAUAAUAAAAAUUUAAUUUUAACAAAAAUAAUUGAUCGUGAUUAUUGGUGUUCACAAAAUAUUUGUUCAUGUGAUUAUUGUUCAUUUAUUCUUGAAUUAUUAUCGAAUGAUGAUAAAACUUCACCGAUAUUUUCAACUAUAAAUAUAACAAUAACUGAUAGAAAUGAUCAUGCUUGUCAAUUUUUGGAUAUUCAAAAAAAUAUUUUCUUAUCUGAAUCUAUUCAAAUUGGUCAUCGUUUUCCAAUAGCGCGUGCCAUUGAUUAUGAUUCAGGUAUUAAUAGUCAACUAUCAUUUAAACUUCUUAAUAAUAAUGAUUAUUUUGAAUUAAAUAUAAUAAAAUUAACAACAAAUGAAUAUGCUAUAUAUGGUAUUGUUAAACGUUCAUUUGAUAGAGAAACAAAUGAAAAAUACGAUUUAAUUAUUGAAGCACAUGAUCAUGGAAUUUCAGAAGUUAAAUCUAAUCGUACAAAAGUAACACUUUGGAUUUUAGAUGAAAAUGAUAAUGCACCAAAAUUUAAUCAAACUGAAUAUUCCAUUCAAUCUCUUCCGGAAGAUACUCCAAUUGGUACUAAACUAUUAACUAUAUCAGCUACUGAUAUUGAUAAAGGUUUAAAUGGUCUCAUAUAUUAUUCAAUUAUAAUUUCAUCAGAUAUAUCUUCAUUUCCAUUUGUAAUAAAUUCAACAACUGGAGUUAUUAGUCUUAAUUCGUCGUUAGAUUAUGAAACAAUUCGUUCAUAUCGUUUUUUAAUACGUGCUUCAGAUUCUGGUCUACCACAAUCUUUAUAUACUGAUACUUGGCUUUCAAUUUCAAUAAAAGAUGUAAAUGAUUGUCCUGUUGAAAUAUUCUUUCUACCAAAUCGACAAUUUCAAUAUGAUAAUCAAGCAUUAUAUAUCUAUGAGAAUACAGAUAUAAAUAAUUUAACAUUAGGUUACAUUCGUUUAAAUGAUCGUGAUUCCGAACAAACAAAACUUUCGGUUUCAUUAAUAAUAUUAGAAAAAAAUCCUAAACAAGACUAUGAACUUAUUUUAUCCAAUCAAAUUAAUUCAUAUACAUUAAUUGUUAAACAAGGAUUAUUUGAUAGAGAAAUUCAAUCAGAAAUAAAUCUUCGUUUUAUAGCUACUGAUACUUUAUUAACAUCAAUUUAUGAUAUAAAAAUAUAUUUAAUUGAUUUAAAUGACAAUCCAAGUGAAUUUCCAUCGAAUGUAUUAAAAUUUUAUGUUGAAGAAUUAGCAAAUUAUCAUAUGCCUGAACAUGCACUUGAAAAUUAUCAAUUAACAAUUGGUUAUUUAAAUGCUAUUGAUCGAGAUGAAGGUGAAAAUGCAUUAAAUAAAUAUGAACUAGAAUUAAAUUCAUUUGUUGAUAUUGAUGCUGAUACUGGACGAUUAUAUUUAAUAAAACCAUUAGAUCGAGAACAAAUAUCAAAAAUUGAAUUAAAAGCAAAAGCAAUUAAUAUUAUUGAACCAAAAUGGGAAACUGAUGUUCGAAUUCAAAUUCAUGUUUUGGAUGUCAAUGAUAAUAUACCUCAAUGCUUAAUAUCUUAUCAUCGAAUAUCAAUUUCGGAAAAUUUUUCUAUUGAUCUACCAUUAAUUAAAAUAAAUGCAACUGAUUUUGAUUAUGAUUUUAAUGGAACAAUAAAUUAUUCUUUACAAAUAAAUUCUUCAUGGCCAUUUGAAAUAAAUUCUAAAACAGGUGAAAUUUAUUCUCGACAAUUAUUUGAUUAUGAAUCAGAAUUUAAAAAUUAUCUAUUAAUAAUUAAUCUUGAAGAUCAAGGUUUUCCAAAAAAAAAUCAAAAUCAAAAUGCUUGUCAAGUGGAAAUAAAUAUUCAAGAUAUAAAUGAUAAUCGACCUGAAUUGAUUGAUGAUAAACAAACAAAAAUUUUUAUUGACCUACAAAAACCAUUUAAGAAUGAAAUCGUUCUAUUAAAUGUUAAAGAUUCAGAUUCAGACGCCAAUGGAAAAAUAAAAUAUACUUUACUAACCGAUGAAAAUAAUUCUCUAUUUAUUAUUUAUCAAAAUGGUAGUUUACAAAUGACACGUCAAAUUAAUGAAAUAUCUUUAUUUAAAUUAAAAGUUUUAUUAGAAGAUAAUGGUAUGCCGUCUCAACAAACUAUAAUUGAUCUGAUCAUUGCUAUUGGUGAUUCAUCAAUACCAUCAUUUUCAACAUUUGAAAAAAUUCAAUUAAAAUAUUCUCGUUCAAAAGCUAUUGGUCUUAUCUUAGGCUUAACAGUUUUAAUAAUAACAUGUGGAUUAUUUUUAUGCAUAUUUAUCACUUGUAUAUUACUUCGAAAACAUCGUCGUCAACAUCAAGCAGCUAUCAUAACACGAAACAAACUUUUAUGUUCAUCAUCACAACAAUUAACAUCAUCUGGCUCGACAGCAACAACAAAUACAACAACAUCUUCAAUUGAACAUCAACAUAUAGCAAAUAUUGUUCAAAUAAAACCAGUUUAUUUGCGUGAGAAAUAUUAUGAUCGACAUUCAUCAAAUUCUUAUACAGUUGAUACUUCAUCACCUGAAUCUCGAACAUAUAGAAUUCUUCAUAUUCCUCAAGAUAAUGAAUAUUAUAUGCAUUAUUAUCAACAAGAAAAAAUAGAUAAUCAUAGUUCGGAUCAUGGUUAUCAUGGAAGUAAUGAAACAGGUUCAUCAUCAUCACCGUCAUCACAAAUAUCAAUGCGUCGUUCAUAUAUGGUUAAUCAAUUACCAGAUUUUGUUACCAGAUGUAAAAGUGUUAAUGGAGGAUUUCUUGUUGAAAUGAAUGUUGAUGGUAGCGAUGAAGAUGCGAGAUAA